UGAUGUGUUCCUUUGCGCUAUUGGUUAAAAAAUUGCUUUUUAUAUCAUGCCGUUACAACUGCUUAUAUUAUUAUUCAUUAUAUAAUACAGCUUUACUGUGGACCUACAUGUUGGAUUAAUAUUCAUUUCCGAGCAGUUUUGAGAACCCUCUUAUUUUCUGUUUAACAGGCUUAACUCAACAUGGUUGCAACCGAAUUUCUUGGUUAUAUUCAAUCCUUUUCUGUUUGUAAUUAUGUUGGAUUUGAAGAUUUAGCUGAUCGGGCUAAUUUUCAAUGGAAUGUUAUCAUACUACUUUUAUGUAUGGUAUUAGUAACAUUGAGACAAUAUUUUAUGACUCCACUGGUGUGUUAUAUACCAACAACAGUGAGUGGAGUGAAUGCUGAUUCGUAUAUCACUAAUCUAUGCUGGAUUGAAGGCACAUUCCCGAUAAAUCUUACCUCUGGAAUUGUACCUCAUAAAUUACAAGAAUGGGAGGCGCUUAGACCACAACAAAUGAAUUAUUAUCAAUGGGUACCAUUAGUGCUUGGUUUACAGGCUAUUCUGUAUUAUAUCCCACGAAUUAUAUGGAGUAUAUUCACAUAUAAUCGUACAGGAACUGAUCUACAAAAUCUUAUACGUCAAGCUAAUUUACUUUCAAAAGAAGACGGUGAAAAACGUCAGAAAAUGGUUCAACAUAUUGCUAAAACACUCGAAUUAUUACUAUUCAGUCGUCGUGAAUACCGUGGUGGUGAUAGCCCAGGGGCAUCAUUUCGACGUUCACUGGCAUUUAUGCCGGGUAAACAUCAUGGGAAUAAUUUAGUUUAUGUGUAUUUAGCUAUUAAAGUGUUGUAUUCCAUUGUUGGAUUUUGUCAACUCUACAUGAUGUAUGUCUUCCUUCGAUUUGAUUCACGUGAAGGUUAUUGGCUAUUUGGUUUUCGUGUUCUCUCUGAUAUUGUACACGGGAAACAAUGGACAGAGACACAAGUUUUUCCUAGAGUUGGAAUGUGUCGGCAUACACUUCAACAUGUUGGUGCUAGUAACAACCUAUUUGCCCAAUGUGUUCUCCCGAUCAAUAUGCUCAAUGAAAAGAUCUACAUUUUUCUAUUCUUUUUUCUUGGUUCAGUAAUGGUGUUAACAAUGCUCAGCAUACCACUGUGGUUGUAUCGUAUGGGAUUGAAAAAGCGUCAACGACAUUUUGUACGUAGAUUUUUAAAGAUAGCUGAUGCAUAUGAUCGUGAUGAUCCAAAAAUCUCUCUCCUGAUAGAUCGUUUUAUGGCUGAGUUUUUACGACAAGAUGGACAUUUUAUUCUACGUAUGUUGUCAAUGAAUGCCGGAGAUUUAGUGACUGUAGAGAUUGUAUGUAAUUUAUUUGCGGAUUAUAAAAAACGGUUCGCUGGGAUUGAUUUUCGUGGUCCACCAAUUAUCCCAAAAUCGCAUAAAUAUCGUGAUUAUGAUAGUUAUUUAUCUCAACGUCCAAUGGAUAUACCAAAUGAUUUGUCAAGGCCAAGUAAUAUUAAUAAUAAUAAUGUGGAUAGAAAUCAUCCUGGAUUUAUGAGUUUACAACUAGAAGAAGGUGGUAUAGCUAAUCUACGUCAACGACCGAUUCCAUCAGCUCCAAUAGGAGCGCUAGAAAAUCCUAUUCCCCCAGCUUACCAGUAUCCAACAAGUAUGAAAGGUGGAGAAAUCUACCCGCAUAGUGUUGUACGUAAUAUGCCAAGAGACGGUCUCGUUGAACCAGGUAAUAACAAUGUCACCAAUGCAUCUAAACGACUCGAUGAUCAAAUAGUUAUGAAUAAUGAUAAAGAAUUGGGCAGAAAAAUGUCUCAUUAUGCUCCAAGUGAAGUGUAGUGUGGAUUUUAAAGCGUUACAAAAAGUAUGUGUAAAGUUACCUAAUUUUUAUUUUCUCGCCCCCCCACCCUGCAACCCUCGUUCGAAUUCUCCACCUCCGCACAAUGCUCAUUCAAUGUUUAGGCCCCUUUUUGUGUCCUAAUUUGUUUUUGUUUUUUUAUCUUUCAAAAACUCCAAAAAAACCCAACAAUUAUCGAUCUCUGUGUGUGUUUAUGUGUUAAGGUUUUUUUGUUUUUAUGAAUGUACUCACUCGUUUGUUUAUUUAUCUAUCUAUGGGAUAUAAUGCUGUGUUUUUUUAUAAAAUUAAAUGGGUAAGAAGGGCGGGGGCGAAGCAAUAGGGGAGAAUAAUGGUGUAGAGGGGACGAGCAUUAAUACUCUUGUGUUGUCAUUCGUUACUCAAUUACAAUAACUGUGACUACUGCUACGACUACUACAUGACUUUUAUUCAGUGAUCUAAUGUUGUCAGAAUCCUCUGCUACUGCAGUUUUGUACACUCACUCACUCACUCUCUCUCUCUCUCUCUGUGUCUACCUCCACUCAUGUAUGAUGAAUUAUGAACUAUGUAUGAGAGUGUAGUACUCACUCUUCUCUCCUCCUCAUCAUCCUCGUCCUACCUUUUUGGUUGGACAUAUAUCCAUCCAUUAGAAUGUGAAUGAGUGAUUUACUGUCUCACUUCCUCUCUCUCUCUCUCUCUGCGUGUGUGUUCAGUGACAAAUAGUGGUACAAAAUUUCCACGGAUCGAUCAAAUAAUAAUAGUAAUAAUAACGACAACAGCAGCAAUAAUGAAUAUGAUGAUUAACCUUUUGGGCAGUAAAUGUCUUGUGCACAUAUGUGUGUUUUGAGAUGGAGAAGGUGUUAAAAAACAAAAGCAACUUUUACUCUUCUUCAUAUUCAAUUGUUUUUCUCGUUGUGUUUUUCUUUUCUAGACUCAAGUUAUGUGUUAUGUUCCUUUUUGUAUACGAAUAUUGUUUCCUUUUUUUAUUGUUGUUAUUAUUUUUAUUUUAUUUUGUAAUAGUAGUUUUGAUGUAUGACUGUGAGUGUGUUUUGAUUUGUUUA